GGCCCCCCUCGCCCGCCCCGGGGCCCCCCUCGCCCGCCCCGGGGCCCCCCUCGCCGCCGCUCUCUGAGCCCUCCGCGGCCGCCGGGCCGGGGGGGCCGGGGGGGCGCGGGGGUCCCGGGCCGGUCCCGGGGCCGCCGGGCAGCGCUUCCCCGGGAGGCAGGUUCCCGGGGGCGGCCGGGCGGGACGGGGCCGUGCAUGGCACCGGCACCCCCUUUCUCAGCCUUUUCUUUUUUUUAAACUUCAUUUUUCUCAAAGGAGCUCGCGCCAUUAGUCACCUUUUUUUUUUUUUUUUUUAAAAAAAAUUUUUAAUUAUUAUUUUUUUAAAAACAUUUCAACCUCAGGACGGAGAGGUGCGGUCGUUUCCCGGGCGCGGGCCAGCCUGCGGCGCCGAGCCGUGCGCUCAGUCUUGUGAAGAAAACAAUCUGAAGACAAUGCAUCUGUGACCCCUGAUACCAGCUUGCAAGCCAGGGCGAUGGAAGUAAUAGAGGGCCACCGGCAUACUGGUCCCGUGAUAGCACCAAAUGGAUAUGCAAACAGGAUUUUCCAAGCAAACAUGGAGGAAGGGAGUACUGAUGCGUUGGAGGUCUGUGGUGCUGAGCAGUACACCUCCAGUGAUGCAAUGCUGAGUGGACGGGAGGAAGCACCCAGGUAUAAGAAGACAACCAAGGGCAACCGGAUCUGGAAUUUUGUUAGACGAAGGAAAGGACUCUCUACAAAUAAAGGAAGACCCCAGUCCAUGAUCCUACUGGGAGUUACCUCUGAGGCCUCAGAAUUAAAAAAACCAUCCUUCAUGGACAGGGUAAGGCCGUUAAAAAAGGGAAGAACCUCCAGGAUGCCUAAGAAUGUGGAUUUGAGAGCAUCCAGCGUCCAGGUUGCUUGUGACCCUGAGGAGGACCAUCAUGCCAGCGGGCAAAGAGCUGUCUACAGGGUUAAGAAACUGGGUGACAGUCGGAGGCCCUCCCGCCACUCGUAUGCAGGGUACAUUGAUGAUUUGGAUUCUUCCUUUGAAGACAUAGAUCUGAAUAUCAGCAUUCCUGAAACUGAUGCCAGUGAAAGUAAAUGUCUCAGGGAUAUUAGUGUCAGAUUACACAGUGAAGAUAAUGAUAGUAACUGCCAUAAAAUACCAGUGAGAAAGAGUGAGUCUUUGAAUAAAAGUCCUGCAGUUACAGAAGGGGACAGUCAAAAGAGGUGUCCUGUGCUCCCACAGGAGGGCAGAAGAGGAAGAAGCUCUGAUGUCUGGAGCUAUCUAAAAGGAAUUUCAUUAACUAGCAAAGAUAAUUCAAAGCUUCCAGAUCAAAGGGCUGAAACCAAUUUCCAGAACUUAGAAGAUAUAACUGAUCAUUCUACUUCUUGUUUUGACUUUGAUACGAGAUGUGAGGAGAAUCUCAGCCAGCGGAAAAAAUCAAACAGUGCAACCAAAGCCACUCACUUUGGAGGUGUUGUGAGGUUCUUCACCAGUGUAGCAGAGGCAGCUCGGAGGCUGCGAGGCUCCUCGAGGGCAUUUUCGCCUGAUGAGAAAAGGCCUCAGCGGAGUUUCCGAGGCUGGAGACAGGACAAUACCUCCCACAAAGAGGGCUUGGUUAUUGAAAACGAGAGUGCAACAGGCUUCUGCACGGUGGGAGCGUGUCUGCAGUCCCCAGAUUCAGGCACGUGGGACAAUCUGAGCUUUGAGAGUUUGGUGGGGAAGGAGCCCAUGCAGCACUGCAAAACCAUAGAAGUAUUGCAAGACAUUGGCUCUUCUGCCCCAGGCAAUGAGAAUGAUAGAUUUAAUGAAACAUCACUUUCUCCCCUUGGGCCAGAACCAUCCAUCUCCCGCCUGCCAGAGCUUGCAGAUGGCUCUUUCACUGAGCUAAAUACUAAAGACUCCGCUGAGGAUCUGGUUGACCUUCCACAGACAACUCCGACUAAACAGAUUCAGGAUUCAGGCAGUACUCCAGAGAACGCACUGGUCAUGGGCAAGGACCUGCCACGUUCUCAAGGUCUUCCUGUGAAUAAUCUGGAUACUACGGACCUGGACCGUUCCUUAGCUGCUGAUGGGGAUUCCUGUGCAGUGACUGAGGCUCUGAUCCACCUUCCACAGACAUUGUUGACUAAACUUGAUACCGAGGAGGUGGCUUGUGCUCCGGUGGUUGCUAAAGACAUGGAUGCAUCUCCAGCAGUGGCUCAGGAGCUUCCAAAGGCAGAACUGGAUAUGCAGGACUUGAGAAAUCCUCAGUUGCCUUUGCAAGACUUGUCUGGAGGUGAGCUGGGGAUUCGGGACUUGGGCAGUACUCCAGAGGGGACACAGGUCAUGGGCAGGGACCUGCCAUGUUCUCAAGAUCUUCCUGUGGAUAACCUAGAUGCUGUGGACCUGGGUUGUUCUCCAGCUGCCGAUGGAGACUUUUGUGCAGUGACUGAGGCUCUGAUCCACCUUCCACAGAUGACCCUGACUAAAGUUGAUACUGAGGAGGUGGCUUGUGCUCCAGUGGUUGCUGAAGACAUGGAUCCAUCUCCAGCAGUGGCUCAGGAGCUUCCAAAGACAGAACUGGAUAUGCAGGACUUGAGAAAUCCUGAGCUGUCUUUGCAAGACUUGUCUGGAGGUGAGCUGGGGAUUCGGGACUUGGGCAGUACUCCAGAGGGGACACAGGUCGUGGGCAUGGACCUGCCAUGUUCUCAAGACCUUCUCGUGAAUAAUGCGGAUGCUGCGGACCCGGGCUGUUCUCCAGCUGCCGAUGUUGACUUUUCUGUAGUGACUUUUUUAAAAUGUGCAACAGUUAAAGGACAGGUUGUAGUGCAGACUGAUUGCCGCAUUAAAAAGCGCGGAGCAACUUCAUUUGUAGAACAAAACUCUGUAGAGGUAACUGAGGAAGCGGAACAGUUUAACUGUAACGACGAGUGUCGUCCGUUCCAAGUGCACGUCUCUAGAAUCGUCUCCUCUGGACGGCUCAAAAAUGGAAAGCCGAUGUCUCAUCCUUCUCAACCAUCCCCACAAGCAUCACCCUUCAAAGUCCUUGUGGAGAGAUGUCGCUCCGAGCCCCUCUCCCAGAGCACCCCGAUGGGGCUGGACCAGGUGGGAGGGCGCAUGCAGCACUUGCUCAGAAGACGUGCUGAGAACGAACAGGCUUCAAAGACUCUGAAGGUGCGCGGGAACUGCAGGAACGGUGGACGUCGAUGGAACCUCUUCAAGCCUGGAGCUGAGAAGCUGCAAAUCAGUAGGCUGAUCAGUGGUGGUUCUAUUGUAAGUGCUGAGGCAGUAUGGGAUCACGUCACCAUGGCCAACCGGGAGUUGGCGUUUAAAGCAGGAGACGUUAUCAAGGUCCUGGAUGCUUCCAACAAGGACUGGUGGUGGGGUCAGAUCGAUGAUGAAGAAGGAUGGUUUCCCGCCAGCUUCGUGAGGCUAUGGGUAAACCAAGAAGAUGGAGUGGAGGAGGGAACCAGCGAUGUGCAGAAUGGCCAUUUGGAUCCAAGCGCCGACUGCCUAUGUCUCGGCAGGACCGUUCAGAACCGAGACCAGAUGAGAGCUAACGUCAUCAAUGAAAUCAUGAGCACGGAGCGCCACUACAUCAAGCACCUCAAGGACAUUUGCGAGGGUUACUUAAAGCAGUGCCGGAAAAGGAGGGAUAUGUUCAGUGAUGAACAGCUAAAAAUCAUCUUUGGUAACAUCGAAGAUAUCUACAGAUUUCAGAUGGGUUUUGUCCGGGACUUGGAGAAACAGUACAACAACGAGGACCCCCAUCUCAGUGAAAUUGGACCAUGUUUCCUUGAACACCAAGAUGGCUUCUGGAUCUAUUCGGAGUACUGUAACAACCAUUUGGACGCAUGCAUGGAGCUUUCCAAGCUGAUGAAAGAUAGCAGGUACCAGCAUUUCUUCGAAGCCUGUCGUCUAUUGCAGCAGAUGAUUGAUAUUGCCAUAGAUGGUUUCCUUCUGACACCAGUGCAGAAGAUCUGCAAAUACCCCCUGCAGCUGGCAGAGCUACUGAAGUACACCGCGCAGGAUCACAGUGACUACAGGUAUGUGGCUGCUGCUCUCGCCGUCAUGAGGAACGUGACUCUACAGAUCAACGAGCGGAAGCGGAGGUUGGAGAACAUUGACAAGAUAGCUCAGUGGCAGGCCUCCGUUCUGGACUGGGAGGGAGACGAUAUCUUGGACCGCAGCUCAGAGUUGAUCUACACGGGAGAGAUGUCCUGGAUUUACCAGCCUUAUGGACGGAACCAGCAGCGUGUUUUCUUUCUCUUUGAUCACCAGAUGGUUCUCUGCAAGAAGGAUCUGAUACGAAGAGAUAUUCUGUAUUACAAAGGUCGCAUAGACAUGGAUAAAUAUGAAGUGGUGGAUAUAGAAGACGGGAGAGAUGAUGACUUCAAUGUCAGCAUGAAGAAUGCCUUCAAACUUCAUAACAAGGAGACUGAGGAAAUGCACUUAUUCUUUGCCAAGAAACUGGAGGAGAAGUUACGAUGGCUUAGAGCUUUCAGAGAAGAAAGGAAGAUGGUAAAAGAAGAUGAAAAGAUAGGCUUUGAAAUUUCUGAAAAUCAAAAGCGGCAAGCGGCAAUGACAGUAAAGAAAGUCAGUAAGCAAAAAGGUGUGAGCUACUCCAAGUCGGUUCCUCCAGCCUACCCACCACCCCAGGAUCCAUUAAAUCAGGGACAAUACAUGGUGACAGAUGGCAUAUCCCAGUCCCAGGUCUUCGAGUUCACCGAACCCAGACGCAGCCAGGCACCUUUCUGGCAAAACUUCAGCAGGAGCAAUGAUCCCAAAAGCGAGGACCAGGACUGCUCUCGCUGCCUGCGCUGCCCUGUCGCGUGUAAGAUCCCCGGCCUCGCGCGGGCACUGACCUCCCAGGCAAAACAUGAGCUGCCGGUAGUGGCCCGUUAGCGGAAGGAUCAUUGCCUCAGUAAUUGGAAGUAUUUACCUGCUAUUUAACGCACCCCGAGCUGCAGAGGAGUUGAGAAUUGCCUUGCAGGAAAGAUACGGAUGUGACCUGAGAAGUUUAGCCGCCUGACGGCGAUUGCGUGACCUAGCCCGAAUCAGUGAUGGGGUUAAUGUGAGCGGCACCAGUGGCUCCGCACAGGUGUAUCGGCGCCAGUGGGCUCUGGAGUGAUUGGCUGAACUCUCCAGGUCUCUUUCUCUCUCUUUUUCUCCCUCUGGAGAUUCAUAGCUCUGUUCUCAAAGACAAUUCCUACAAUUUCAGCCUUAAGUACGCUUGUUCGCAAGCGCGAAAGCGUACGCUUGAGCUUGUAAAACAAAUCAUUGUGCGCUAGGAUGACUUUUUUCCUAGGGCAAAUGAGACUGUUUAACCAGAUUUGGAAGAUGAACUUAAAAACGUUGCAGAGCUAUUCUGCAAGCUCCUUUGAAAAUGGGGGGGCGAAGCGAUUGAUCGCGGUAUUUAUCGUUUUCUUUUGAAUCUGAUACACCACAUACGCACCCCCGGCCAACGCGCGUGGAGAUCCUUUUCUUUUUUCUCUCCCCUAAGACAUUCAAGCGAAUGGGAGGAGCAGAGAGUGUGGUUUCAGUGUUUCCGUGGAGCCUGUUUUAUUUCAGGGCGUAUUACAAGGCAGCGGCUGUAUUUUUUAAUUUAAGUACACAAAUAAUCUCAGCACUUUUUAAUAACCUAGAAACUAUCGCUAACCAGAUGAGCGUUUUGGAGAGGAAGAGUGGCCCCUCUGUGACAGGCAGCAGCGAAACACCGGGAAUCCCAAAUAGGAGGCAGCCCAAUUUUAUAUCAGAACUUAUUUUUAUGCUCUUUUGUAUCUUUGCAUUUUUAUGGUCAGAUUUUAAUAUUGAAUAUGUAGCAAAUAUUAUUUUGUUUCUUUAACAGAGUGGGUAUUUAAAGACGUGAAUGAGAUGGGCUCUCGGACGUUAACUGAAAUGUUUUACUGUUUCUGAAUGGCUGGAGAGAUGCAGAGAGAGAGAGAGAGAGAAAGAGAGAGAGAUUACAAACUGUUGUCAACAUGAUGAAAAUCUCACUUAUUCCUUUGCCUUUUUAAUUGCUUAGGGAAAAAAAGUAACAAGCACAUUAGUUAAGCCUGUUCAUUUACUGUUUUGUGCCUCAGAGAGUGAGAAUGAGACAUCCAUAAUUUUUAUGAGAAGAUGCUUCCUAAAUAUUCAGCACUAGGAAAAAAGAAACACCACCGCCACACCAUUAUUUGCAUCAUAAAUCAAGACUCGCUUGAUCUGACAAGGCCACUUGUUGGACUCGCAGCUUCUUUCUUAAAUGGAAAGCCAAACGGAGCUGGCGUUGCUAGCGCUUGCCGAAGCCAGGCGGCCGGCAAAGCAGAUGCAGGCGUUUGUUCCCGAGGGAAGAGGGGCUUGGCUCUCAGGCAUGGCACUCAAGAAAGCUCUUCCCCUCCCUAAAUGGCCAAGGUGCUGCAAGAGAUGGAGCAUUGGCACAGCGAAGAACCAGCACUGGGCCCCACUUUACUCCCUACCGUGGCUUUCCCAGUAGGGAGCGGGGUUGGGCUGCCUCGUGUGGCCGAACGCGCUGGGAGCAGCGCGGGCGCGAUCAGAUCGGGGUGAUUUUUGACCGAGCAUCCGAUACAGACUUUCAUUUCAAUGCCAGACAGGAGGAACCCACUUAACCAUUCCAUAUGCAGAAGCAAGAGAGUUGUAACAAACUUACAUGUUUACGGUAUUUCUCUGGCUGACUCUAUAUAUAUAUAUAAAAAAACAAACCGACCCUCUUCCCUAGGCAAGUGACAUGCAUUACCCCUUGACCUAGCCACUAGAACAGAGGAUCUAAAUUCAAGACUUCCGCCUCCCCACCCUCUCCAAAAAAGAUCAAACAAGAACCAACCUAGGUGCAUCUAACAGUUGUAAAUAGAAAAAUAAUACAUAGAGAAAUAUAUUUGAAAUCUGUUUCAGUUUCCGGACGGUCACCGGCCGUCCAUUGCAAUGUUAUUGGUAGUACACUGUGGUGCUUUGGGUUUCUGGUUUUGUUCUCUUUAUGCUCUGUCAUCUUUUCAUCGCAGCUACAUUUCAGGGAACAUGUAUAUUUAGUAGCUAUUGUAAGUUCUGCAUGGCAUCACCAAGCUUAUUUUUCCUUAAGAAGAAAAGAAGAGUCUGUAGGAGUUUAAAGGCACUAUGACGACAGGGACUUGUAGCAGAGAAUUUAAAAAAAAAAAAAAAAAAAAGGUUUUUAAAAUUCUAGUUUGAAGCCAAAUACUGAUAUUUUAGUGCUUUUGGGGUUUUAACAGUAAGAGCAAAAAAAUAAAAAGAAAAAAAAAAAAAGAAAAAAAAAAGGAUUUUGGUAACCCAGCUGAUCCGCACUUGCCAGUUUUAUUAUUUUGUUUAUAUUGGACUGUUUGACCCUGUCAAACAAGUGUCAAAGUUGUGUGUAUAAAACAAACAAAAAAAAAAGUGUUUAAAAAAGUGUUGUAAAGACACUGAGCCUUAUGAAAAUAUUUAUGGAAUUAAAUAAAAAGAAGUGAAAAGGCA